AGCGGGCCCCACCAGAGGAGAUUCGUCCGGGUCGGAGGGCCCGCACCCUGUGUGUGAGGCUGCGGAGAGGAAAUCUCCACAAAAGAUAACUUUCCAAACCUAGCGGGUGGGGAGAGAGAAGACAAAUUGAGAGCUCCUGGCCCGCUUCCCCACUGCCGGCACCCCGCCCGAGCCGCGCCGGCGGGGCACACGUCGUCGGCGGGGCGCCGCCAGGUGGAGCCCUCGGGUCUCAGGCCGAGGCGUGAGCCAGCCGCGAGGACCGCGGCCCCGUGGGCCUCAUCCCCGCCUCUGCGUCAGCCGCUGACGUCGCCUGAGAAAUCUAGGAAGGGAGGAGCUCCGAAAGGCGGGCCCGAGCUGCUGGCAGCGCCCGGGAGGGCCAGGUCGGAGAGGGGAAGCUCCUCUUCCGCGCGCCCCGCCGCCGCAGCGUUGACCCGUCUCGAGAAGAGAAGAGUCCGCUCCGGCCCCGAUAAGCAGUGGCUUGGCUAGCGCUGCGCAGGGGAUGGACGGCCUCGUGACCUAGGGUCCGGCAGCCGGGAGGGCCGGCCAGCCCGGCUAGAGCAGGGGUGGGGCCGCGGGAUCGGCGGGCACUUCCGGAACCGACCGGCGGCCCGAGUGCCCGCGCCGCCGGCCACCAUGAACGAGGGGGCCAUCUGCAGCGCCCUGCCCGCCAUCCCGUACCACAAGCUGGGCGACUUGCGCUACCUGAGCCGCGGCGCGUCCGGCACCGUGUCUUGCGCCCGCCACGCAGACUGGCGCGUUCAGGUGGCCGUGAAACACCUGCACAUCCACACCCCGCUGCUCGACAGUGAAAGAUAUGAUGUCUUAAGAGAAGCUGAAAUUUUACACAAAGCUAGAUUUAGUUACAUUCUUCCAAUUUUGGGAAUUUGCAAUGAGCCUGAAUUUUUGGGAAUAGUUACUGAAUACAUGCCAAAUGGAUCAUUAAAUGAACUCCUACAUAGGAAAAAUGAAUAUCCUGAUGUUCCUUGGCCAUUGAGAUUUCGUAUUCUGCAUGAAAUUGCACUAGGUGUAAAUUACCUGCACAAUAUGAAUCCUCCUCUACUUCAUCAUGACCUGAAGACACAAAAUAUCUUAUUGGAUAAUGAAUUUCAUGUUAAGAUUGCAGAUUUUGGUUUAUCAAAAUGGCGCAUGAUGUCCCUCUCACAAUCUCGAAGUAGUAAAUCUGCACCAGAAGGAGGGACAAUUAUCUAUAUGCCACCUGAAAACUAUGAACCUGGACAAAAAUCAAGGGCUACUAUCAAGCAUGAUAUAUAUAGCUAUGCAGUUAUCACAUGGGAGGUCUUAUCCAGAAAACAGCCUUUUGAAGAAGUCACCAAUCCUUUGCAGAUUAUGUAUAGUGUGUCACAAGGACAUCGACCUGACACUAAUGAAGAAAGUUUGCCACUUGAUAUACCUCAUCGAGCACAUAUGAUCUCUCUAAUAGAAAGUGGAUGGGCGCAAAAUCCAGAUGAAAGACCGUCUUUCUUAAAAUGUUUAAUAGAACUUGAACCAGUUCUGAGAACAUUUGGAGAGAUAACUUUUCUUGAAGCUGUUAUUCAGCUAAAGAAAACAAAGUUACAGAGUGCUUCAAGUAUUGUUCACUUAUGUGACAAGAAGAAAAUGGAGUUACCUCCGAACAUACCUGUAAAUUAUGGUCCACAAGAGGAAUCGUGUGGAUCCUCUCAGCUCCAUAAAACUAGUGGUUCUCCUGGAACCUCAGGGUCCCUGUCAACUCCUCAAGACAAUGAUUUUGUAUCUAGAAAAACUCAAGACUUUUCUAUGCUGCAUCAAUGUCCAGUAAAUCACAGUUGGGACAGUAACAUUUCUGUGGCUCAGAGGGCAACAUUCUGUGAUCACAAGACUGCCCCAUGCUCUUUAGCAAUAAUAAAUCCACUCUCAGCUGAGGGAAAUUCAGAGCGAUUUCAGCCUGGUAUUGCCCAACAGUGGAUCCAGAGUAAAAGGGAAGACAUUGUGAACCAGAUGACUGAAGCCUGCCUUAACCAAUCUCUAGAUGCCCUCCUGUCCAGGGAUUUGAUCAUGAAGGAGGACUAUGAACUCAUUAGUACCAAACCUACAAGGACCUCAAAAGUCAGGCAAUUAUUGGAUACCACUGACAUCCAAGGCGAAGAAUUUGCCAAAGUUAUAGUACAGAAAUUGAAAGAUAAUAAGCAAAUGGGUCUUCAACCUUACCCAGAAAUAUUUGUGGUUUCUCGAUUACCAUCUUUAAAUUUAUUUCACAAUAAAAGCCUAUAAGUAAGAAAAGAAAAGUUCAAGAGGAAAAGUCAGUGCCUUGAUAAUGUUUUUAUGUGAUUCAUAUGGAUAUUAGAAACUUAAUGAAGUGUCUUCUUCAGAUAAAUAUUAGUCUCCUAUGACUUUUUUUAAUUAAUACAGUAGAAAGUUUGCAUUUUGCUACAUAGUUCAGUUCUUUUUGUCGUUUUGGUUAAUUGAAACUAUUUUUUCAAUAUAAUAAUUAUAUUUUUAUUGUACAAAACAGUGUCUUCGAGUUUCAUGUGUUUCUCAUGGAAACCAUUUUCACAUAUGCUUUCUUUGUGGAUUAUUUAUUACUUGUUUAAGAUGCUUGGCUUUUUGAAGUGUACCCCUUGGACUUAAAUCAGAGAUGGUGUGGCAUUCCUACUCUACAGUCCUAGGUUCCAAUCCUCUCCAAAGUGUUGUUCGUUAAGCUCUGUAAUCCACAAUACACUUUUAAAUGUUAUUUUU